AUGCUCGCUAGUCACCCCUUAAUACCUACCUAUGCUACGAUGCGUGAUAAAGAGAAAAGAAAAAUGGGUCUUUGCAAGGAUGGAGCUGCUGCAUGUGUUGGUCCCAAACGUGUCGAGGCUGAGCCUUAUCAUGUUGGUCUGUUUGGCCCAAACGUACCACUAGAGAUGCCCAAGCGGAGAGAUGAUCCGUAA